UAUCAAUUUUGUGUCUGGAACGGUGUGUGUAUGUGAUUAGUUGAUAAGUUGAUUACAACUCUAGUUGUAGUAGUGUCGUAUGGUAGGAGUAUUGAAUACAGUGUAUUCACGUUUUAUUGUGUCUGGUGAUGUGUUAAUGACAUAUGUUAUUUAAUAUUUUAGAUACUAUUUGUGGUUGAAAUAUCGUUUGUACGUUACCGAGUGUAGACAUCAGAAAGGUGUUUGUACUAUUUUGAUUUUCUGGAUCUACUUCUUAGCCAAAAUGGGAAGUGAAAGGGUUGACACAGCCCAACUACAGAUGUCAGAGAGUGUGAGCACCCGCUCUGCAGUCAUCAUCAUAGCUUCCAUCUUCGUCUGCUCCAUUCUUGCUCUCACAUACAUCUACUUUAAGUUUCCUGAACUGGAGCCUGAGGAGAAGAAACACAUAAAGCUGCCAUGGGACGUAGAAGAGGCCAAGGAGUUGGGACGGGUUCUGGAGAAACACAAAGACCGCAACUACUAUGAAGUCUUGGCUGCUGUCGUAGUCACCUACAUAUUCUUGCAGACAUUUGCCAUUCCAGGAUCAAUCUCUUUGUCGAUCCUGUCAGGGUUCUUGUUCCCUUUCCCUCUUGCACUGGGCCUGGUUUGCUUCUGCUCAGCAACUGGAGCGAGCUUCUGCUACUUACUGUCCCACCUGGCUGGCCGUCGUCUCGUCUACAAGUACUUCCCUGACCGUGCCAUUCGCUACUCUCUCAUGGUGAAAAAGCACAGACAUAAUAUAUUCAACUACAUCUUGUUCCUGAGAAUCACUCCCUUUCUGCCCAAUUGGUUCAUCAAUAUCGCUGCUCCCUUAGUGAACGUUCCCAUAGCUCCGUUUUGGCUCGGGACUUUUAUAGGUGUGGCUCCUCCUUCGUUUGUGGCUAUCCAGGCAGGCCAGACUCUUCAGCAGCUGACAUCUAUGUCCAGCACAUGGUCUUGGACUUCUGUCACUCUGCUGGGACUCUUCUCUAUCCUGUCUCUGGUGCCUGUCUUGCUGCGAGAGCGAUUGCGUACCAAGUUUGACUAGGAAGAGUACCAGCUAGAUGACUGGCAACAAUCUGCGGUCGGCAGCUGUGUCAUCGAGCGCCUUGUAUUUGUGCGGCUCGAUGCUACUCAGGAGAUUCUUUUGCUCAAGAUCAAGAAACACUCGUUACUAAUUCACCGCGAGGACACUGUAUCAGAGAUCCUCACAUAAACUCUCUUUUCUUAUCUUCUUGAAGUAUAACUGUGAUAUUUUUAUUCCUUUUUUUCUAAAUGCAAAGUCAUGAUUUAUUUCAGUUAUGUUUAUUAUUAUCUUAUGUUUGACAUAAACAUUAUUAAAAGAUAAUAUUCAGAAAUGAAUGUAUAUUGUCCUUUCUUGUUGAGAUUGUUUACAAAUUUACUUUUGCUUCCAAAUUCCACAUUAAUUGGUAUAGAAAAAUCCAAAGUUAGCACAUUUGUUUACUAACUACAAUUGGAAUUAAAUAUAUAAAUUAAUUCUAAAUAGAAAGUUUUAAAAUGUGACUUACGAUACUAAAUAGAAAAUAAACUAUUGCACAGUAUCAAUAAUGUCACUAAUUACCUCAUUUCAUUCCGUACAAAGUCACAACAAUCUAAAUUAGAACUCAAUUGUGUGGAAGUAAAAUAAAAUUCAAAAUUAAACAUUUAAUUAUAUAUACAAUAUAUUAUAUAGUGAUUUAUAUCAUAUAACAAUAUAUAGAUAUUUAUAUAUAUAUAUAAAUCAGAAUUGAGGUAUACAUUUUAUGGAGAUAGAAAACAGGAAAAUCCAUAGUACAAUAGUGAUUUAUAUCAUAUAUAUAUAUAUAUAUAUAUAUAUAUAUUAUGGAGAUAUAAAACAGGAAAUAUAUAUAUAUAUAUAUAUAUAUAUAUAUAUAUAUAUAUAUAUGUUUAAUUAAUUUCAACCAUAAGCAAAAUAUAAUGUUUUAUAACUGAUUUUACUAUGGAUUUUCCUGUUUCUAUCACCAUAAAAUGUAUACCUCAAUCCUUACACAAUAUAGAAAUAUAAAUGAAUCUCAUUUAAUCAAAGUUGUUAAAAUAAGCUUUGAUUUAAGUUCCACUUACUAUUGAGUAAACUAAAUUCUGUAUAUUGAGACUAAGUUCUUAACUGCACUAAAUCCACGCACAUAAAUGUCCAUAAUCAUAUUGCUGCUUCGUCUAGUGUUUUCAAAAAGUCUAGGUUGUUUUUCUUUAGAAUUUGGUUGGUGAUAUAAGAAUUUGUUAAAUAAUAUCCUUGACUGUAUGUGCAAUUCUCAUAAACAUUUUGUACAGUAAGCUGUAACAAGUUCAAUCACACCCUUUUGAUUUGCUGUGUGUUGUACAAAUGUGUACUCAUUUCAUAAAUACAUAGUUUUCUCGCAUUAAAUGUAAUUAUUGUAUUUCCUUGAUAAAAUUCAUUGAGUUAUGUAAAAAUCAAAUAUUAAUGUGAUCUAGAGUUAGAGGAAGUUUUAAUACCCACAACUGCCAGUUAGAAAAAUUUGACUCCAGAACAACGAAGCUUUGGAUAAACUGAGACAAGAAGCUGAAUGGCAAACGUAUUAAUGAAAAGUUCGGGCUAAAAAUGCUUUUGGGGAAAACUCACAAAUUUCUCGAAAAUUCUUUUAAUUAAUUGUUAGUUUAUUUAUUAAUUUAAAUUAUGAAUGAACAUUUUUAAUGUUAAGAAUUUAACUAUACAGAUCUGGAGUUUACUUUUUUUACUGUUCAUCAAAACAAGUUUCUAUUCAUUCAUGUAAUUUUAACAUAAAUAAAUCAUGACUUUAUAGUGACGUUUAUAACAUUGUUCUGUGAUGUUCGUGUUAAGUUGACCAGUGAGUCUUAUCUCAGCAAAUGACCACCAAUGAGAAAGAAUGGACCUUCAAUCGCACAUCGAAUUAAAUCAAUAUAUUUGUCUUCAGUAGACACUUUUCAUUUAGAAACUAGUGCAUUAGGAAUUAAUCAUUUCCAAUUUAAACUUUCCUAGCAUUUCACUAGUGCUUGUAGUAAAUAAUUACAGUUGUUUCAAUAAUUUAUUCUUUGAAGAUUAAUCAUUUUCGAUUUUAGUUUUCACCUAGAAUUUGUCACUUUAUGUAUUUAUUAAAUUUGUGUUGUCAAUGUGUCUAUAUUUUAUGUUCUUGUAUUAGUUUUUCUUGUAGUUAUUGGGUAUUAAACAUAUUUAUAUAAGAUUAAAUUUAUAAAAGAAAAAUGUACAGUUCUAAGAUAUUUAAAAUAGACAAAUGUAAGGUUCUAUGAAAAAUGUCAGUUUAACCCAACCCCUUAACGGCUUAUGUCAAAAAUGAACAAAAAAGUGCUUAUUUUUAUUACAUAUUUUAAGUUAUUGGUCAAUUUUAAUUUUUAAAAUACAGUACAAUUCUUUUGUUAGCCAAAAUUUGCCUAGAAACACUUUUUACUAUUUUUGAUAAUUUCACAUAACGCCAGUUUAACCAAUUAAUAGCUUAUAAAAAAUGACAAAAGUUUUAAAAAGUGCUUAUUUUUUAUUACAUAAUUUAAGUUAUUGGUCAUUUUAAAUUUUUUUAAAUAAAAUAUUAUUAUUUUGCUAGCCAAAAUUUCUCAGGAAACAUUUUUUUCUGUUUUUUGAUAAACUUGACAUAGAUCUUUUAACAAUAAACAUCAAGGUACAACACUACUUUUUCACUCAUCAUAUUCUUUUUUUACACACACUUGUUUAUGAAUGAUGGUUUUAGUAGGUUUUUGGGUAUGGGAAAACUUGAAGUAAAGAGCCGCACAAAACCACAUCGGAAUUGAUGCAAUGGUAACACAAUUCUCGGCACAAAUUAUGCUUCAAGCAAACUACAAUCUCAAUGUAGAGCAAUCACCAUGCCCACAUCUCUAACGGCAAAAUACUGCAUUACGUACUGUUAUUUAUUUUGCUGUUUUACCGCUAGUUGUGGAUCUAAAUAAAACUGGUCGUGAUAUGAAGAAUUAAUUCAUCAGUCAUAAGUGAGUGACAAAUUAACUUGGUGUUAGCCUUUGAGGGGUUAAAAAUGUAUAUCUCAAAAAUAAAAUUUAAUGUUGUUUAAUAAUUUUUAUACAUUGAAAAUCAUGUUGAAAACAAAUGUCAGCUAUCGAAGCAGAUUCGACAAUGUUGUAUUGUUUUCAGUUUUAAGGUAUUUAAAAUUACCUUGGUAUGAUGUAUAAAAAUAGCUCCUAAUUUUAUUUAGUUGUGUCUGUAUUUCAAUGUCCGUAAAACAAUUAAAGAACUAUGUCUUUGUCAUUUAAAGAAAAUAAUUUAAUUGAUUCGGGCAUCUAAAUUAGAAUAUUAUAGAUAAAAUCAUUUAAUGAUCAAAUUGAGUAUUUAAUAAGUAUACCACAAUAAACAAAUGUUUUUGAAUUUUCAAACGAAAGUUUGGAAAUUUCCAUUCUUUCCUAGGAAUUGCUGUUGAUAUGUUGUAUGUUAGUAGGCUAUUAAUUUGCCUUAUCAGGUUAGUGCACAGAUUCUUUCCAAACAUUCUUUGUCUUUCUGUUCUCAAACUAUGUUUUAUGUCGUUUUUCAUGAAGAGCAGUGCUGCCCCGACUUUUGCCAGGAACAAAUUGUAGGAUUUUCCAAUUAUUUGUAUCAUAUACUUAACGAUACCCUAAGGUUAAUGCUGCUUUUCAUAUCAUAAUAUGAUAAAAUUCAGCAAUAAAUCCAGUGAUAAUGGUAAACGGUAUUUAUUUGCUUUUAUUGUGUAACAUCUGGAUUUGUAUUAUGGUUUGUUGCACGAUUUAGUAAUAUAAGUGUGUAUAUUUUAAGUGAAAUAUUAAUUUUACAAAGUAAGCUUGUGUUUAUAAUGUUUUGAAUAUGCAACUAAAAUAAUUAACCAAUUAAAAACACUGGUACAUUUUUAAUCACAUAGUAUUUUUAAUCACUUCUCUAUUUAUCAUGAAAUAAUAUUAUCCUCAGGUUUAGUAACGUUAUAAAAUGUUACAAUGUAUUUCAAAGUUUGACCUAAUUGGUAAGACAUUAGUUUAAAAAAUGAAAUAUUAAACUUAUUAUUAAUAUUUAAAUGAGCGUGUGAUUAAAAAAAUAUAAAUUUAAGAUAAUUUGCAUCAAUAUUAAAGUUAAUUACAGGUUGUAUCUAAUGGUUUACUUAAAUUUAUAAAAUAUGAUAUAGCAAAUAUGAAACUAGUGUUCUCAUUCAACUAUCAGUGUUUGUAAUUUCUGACCAUUUUCCAGAUGUAACAUUUUAAUGUUAUUUUUGCAUGAAUUAUUUCUGAAUCAAUUAAUUCUACAGAGUCUCCUAUUAUACUUAUACAAAAAAGUUACUUAGUAUUGAAAAGAAAGUUUCUCUAUGAAUUAACAACCAAGAGCUUGUCAAGAUUAUUUUUACUUUUAUUCAAACUACAAAAUUCUGACAUGGUGCUAUCACAUUCUGUUCUUGAAAACUUUUAACUGUAAACAUACAGUAUUUUUAUACAUAAUUUUAAUGCAUUAAUAGAACAUUCUAGUUAGCUUUGGGAAAGAAUUUUAUUGUUUGGUAAUAUUUCUGAAUAAAAUCGGAUAAAUACUUCUCAGAAAUAAAGAAUACCCGUUUAUAAGAUAUAUUUGGUGUUAGUGUGAAAAUUAAUCUGUAAUUUGUUUGACUUAGGUGCCUUAGUGUGCCAAACUCUAAUAAGUUUCCUAUAGUUAUAAUUAUAAGAACAUGUGCUUUCAUUUUAUCUAAUAAAAUACUAGUAAUACUGCAUAUUAAGUUUUAGUCAAUAUUGACUUCAUGGUAUUGUACAACACUGUAUAUUCUAAAUAUAGUCAAAAUUAAGUGAAAACUAGAUUUGCCUGCAUGCAUUUUUUUAAAGGAACAGUAUUCAUUAAAUGAUAACCGUUGAAAAAAUCAAUAAUGUUGUUUAUGAGAACACAGCCAGAAUAUAAUACUUGGAUUAAUCACAAUAUUUAUUCAGAGAUUCAAUAGAGUUGUAGGUAACAACACUCUUUAAAUACUAGUAUUUAGUCACUAUUUUUCUACAUAGUUGAAUCAAUAGGUUUAUCCUUACACUUAGUGCCUAAUUUCAGUAAGGACCAACUUUACCAUAUGUAAUUUUUUUUUUAAUUUAGAUGAAUUAGUGUAGAAGUGUUCAAGUUUUGUGUGCAAUGUGAUUUCCUUAAGUAUAGGUAUAAUGCAGUGUAGUUUUGUUGGAUUUGGUGCUAUGUAUUGAUUCUUGGUUAAUAUGAAAAAUACGUUUUGAUCAAGCUGAGUGAAGAUAAAGAAAUGAUAAAGAGAUCAACCAAAGAAAGUCUGGUCCAAGCAAAACAAUAUUGAACAUUCCAGUAUCAUGUUUGAGUAUUUGAAGUAGUGUGUUAUGUACAUAGUUCAUGUGUUAAGGUGUUGUGUAGUAUAAAUUUGUAAAAUAAACUUGUUGGGUUUGGAAAUAA